AUGUCGAGCAAGAAGAUCAAUAUUGAAAAGGCUAAAGAGAAGAUGGAAAAGGAAGCAGAAGCAAAAAUGGCAGCAUCUGGUACAGCUACUCCUUCACAGGUUGAGGAUGACAUCGAUCUCGGAAAUCAAGGUCUUAGAUCCGGCCUACGAGAUUUUGAGAUAGUCAACAAUAGAAGCGAAAUAAAGUCUCAUGGGGAACUUGAAUCGUUCGUCAAAACAUUGAACGAAGAUCAAAAAAGAGUGUACGUCAAAGUCACCAAACAUAUUGAGCAUAUGGUUCGACACAGGGACAAAGAAUGCACGGGUAAGGAGUGCAGUCGACCUCUCAAUUUAUAUGUAAGUGGGUUUGGCGGAACAGGAAAAUCUUAUUUGAUAAAAGCUCUUCAAGGGUAUCUUUGGGUGCAAAAAAACCUCUUCGAUGAAUCAACUGAUAUUGCGUUGACUGCACCAACGGGGCUUGCUGCAGCAAAUGUGGGAGGACAAACGCUCCAUAGUCUUUUUAGUUUGCCAGUUGAGCAUGGUGAAAAACUGCCCAAGUAUACCGCACUCAAGAAGAAUUCGAUGCAGCAAACAAGGACUGUACUCAAAGACUUAGCAUUGCUUGUUAUCGAUGAGAUUAGCAUGGUGUCGGCAGAGAUGUUGAUGUCAAUAAACUUAAGAUUGCAAGAGAUCUUCGGUGCUGAUGAUUUGUUCGGCGGAAAAACCGUUGUUGUCUUUGGAGAUCUUCUACAGUUGCCGCCUGUUCAUGGCAAACGGCCAUUUCAGGAUUUGUCUGGGGAUGAUGUCCAUAAGUUAACUGGAGGCCUUAGAAUCCCGAGUCACCUUUGGAAGAACUUUGAGUUUGAUGAACUCACUAUAAAUCAACGGCAACAUGGAGAUGCUAACGAAAAAUGGAGUGGUAUGCUUGGCAGGAUUCGUAUUGGCCGUCAGAGUCUAGAAGACAUUAACAUUCUGCAAGAGCGGCUUAUCCCAGUCAGACCAUGCGAACUGCCUAGCCAACACUUGGAUCAAAUCGUUGAUUACUACCUCAGUUUACAGAAACAGUUCCCUACCACUGUCUGUCUAUUACCCAAACGAAACAUGAUGGAAUCUUUUAACGCCACAGUCAUGAAAAAACUCUUUCCUGAUACAAUUAAAGUUGAAGCAGACGAUGAAGUCGACGGCAGAACUAAAAAUGACAAAAAACGGGCAUUAGAUGCAGUUCUGAAGAUUGAUAAAUUGGGUGAUUCUCGAAAUACAGCCGACCUUGAAAAGUGCCUCAUUUUGAGCGAGGGUGUCCGAAUAAUGCUCAGAAAAAACAUUGAUACCGCGAAAGGGCUUGUGAAUGGUGCUAUGGGAAUAGUCAAACAAAUCGUGCGGCAGUCCGACGACCCAAACUCAAUCGUUGAGAAACUUUUAGUGCAAUUUGGCGGAGUCGACGGCGAUGUUGCAAUAACGAGGGAUACUCGCAAAGUGAAGUUGUUCGAAGAGUCAUACCUCCAUCGUCGACAGUUUCCUAUCAGCACCGGGUACGCCCUCACCAUCCACAAAGCGCAGGGCAUGUCUCUGAGUCACGUGUUUUGCGAUUUAGGCACUAUGAUCUUUGCAACUGGUCAGAUUUAUGUCGCUUUAAGCAGGUGCAAGACUCUUGAGGGACUUUAUUUGGUAAACAUAGAUGAGUCCCGGAUUAAAGUUGACCAUCUAGCUAUCAAUGAAUAUGUCCGACUAAAGAGUAAGCCAAUUAUAGCAGCAGGUAUAAAUUUCAUGACUGAUGGUCAGCCAGAUUCGAGCAAAAAAGGCAAGAAAAGAAAGCCGAAGAAAAAGACGGAACGCAUCUGGUACGAAACUGACGCAGCAAAAAAAGCAAAAGCGACCUUCGACGAUAUUUUGAAGAAUCUCACAGAUGACCAGACAAAAGCUCCUAAGAAAAAGCAGUCCACCAAAUCAAAGAAAAAGAAGCCAACUGCUGAGAGGAACUCCAAUUUAUCUGCAGCUAACAUCAGCACACACAUAAAUCAAAUUCACGCUGGAAUUCCUGACGAAUUCAUUCCAACUGCUGAUAUUGUGAGCGGCUCAGAAAUGAUGGAGGUAUACAGGAGAGCUCUGGUACCCUGUUUUAGAGCCAACUCCCCAAACAGCUUCAUUUUGAGAUCUGCUUUAGAGUUGGACCCCGACCCAUUCAACUGUAGACAGACCCGUGAUCUCUGGUUGACCGGGUCUACCAUUGCAAAGUAUAUUGCGGUGAUCAAAGAUGGUUUGGCUGAGGACGCUGGUCCAACUCUGUACAGUAUGGGACCUUACUGUGGUGCUUAUCGGAGUGCAGUUCAAAGUUCUCCCCUUCACUCCUAG